AUUUCGCUCAAGUACCUGUGUCGGAAAUCACGAAGUACUAGCAGGAACAAAGUCAUAUUUUCUUCGAUUUUCUGGAUCAGCAAUUUGUUGGAAGGUAAAAGAAAGAUGGAUGAAGAAGAUGAUGACAUCCAUUUCUGCCUUAUCUGCAACAAAACGGUGCCUGGUCUCGCUAAUUACAUAAACCAUAAGAAAAAUGAAUGUUCAGGAAGGAAGGGUAGAAUCAAGUCAGAAAACAGUCCACAGAAUACAGUCAGCAUUGAAGAGUCUGGAAAAUUUGAGAACCAGUCAUUUCCUAAUUUACACAAACAGGGUGAACAUUUAAACCAGUCUUAUCAGAAUGACAGUUUUGGUGCUUUUACUACAACCAGUCCAAAUUCUGUCUAUCAUGAUGACCAGAGCUCAUUUCUUAACUCAGUCACUGGAACGAUAGGAACAGCUGAGCAAACAAUAGGAAAUCAACUUGAAGCCACAAGUGAUGUUUAUAAGAGGAUUUUGUCAUGUACAACACAAAGUACAAGUCAGGAAAAUAUUUUCCUUUCAACACAGUUGAACUUGUCCGAAACAAGUCAAAUGACUCUGAACACUAACACUUUGUCUUGCAGUCUGAGUCCUAUUUUCUCAACAACAGAAACCGCAGGACUAACGAAAGGUUCUGAUUUAACUGCAGAGACAGAGGAUUUUGGUCUGCUGAGUGCAAGUGUGUCCGGCAACAGGAACAAUACCCCAAUACAGGAACAGUACAAGUCUUCUGACCAUCUGAAGGUCAAGGUCAAUGACUUGCCUAACGCUGAUCAGAUUGCAAAAGGAGAAUGUGACCAAGUGGAAGACUUCUUUCAGUCUUUAGAACUGAUGAGCAAAACUGACCCAAGGGCAGACAAGGGCUCAAACUUUACCCAACUCCCAAUCUCAAACAUUCUAAACAACCUGACCUUCAGUGAUGAUGAAGAUUUAGGUUUUGAUUUCGGAGAUGACAUGUCAUUAGAUAGCCUGUCUGAUGAUGAGGAUGGAAGAGCGCCACCUGGUAGUCAUACUGGUGGGAAGUGGAAGCCUGGGGAGAAACCAUUGGCAUACAGAAAAUACAGACAAAGAUUUCAUGGAAAAUGGCCACCAGGGGAAAGACCCCCGCAGACUGCAAUACGAGGCAGACGAGGCCCUUCUAGCCGUGGUAAAAAUAUAGCCCUCAUUCCAGGACACAAACCAAAACAUAUCAAGAAGGAGAAGAAAACAGCAAGCAAAUCUACAAAUAAGAUAUUUGUUUGUAAUUUUUGUGAUAUAACAUUUUUCAAUCGUUUUCAAUACUCUAGUCAUUGUGGCACAAAAAGUCACAAAGAAAAUGUUCUUCGUAAAAACGAAAGUCUGGAAAAUGUUAUUGCUAAAAAGGAAAGUCUGGCAGCAGAAAGUCAAGAGCCUAAGAAUGCUACGGUUGAAAUUGAAAAUAAAACAAAUGAUGAGGUUGAGUCAGGGAUUGAAAAUCAAGAAAGAUUAAAUCCAGCUGAAGGUAUUUUUGAGAAUCUUGUUGAAGAAAAUAGUGUGCAAGAGAAGAAAAUUGAAAACAAUAAUUUUGAUGAAUAUUCAGAUGGCAAUGAAACUGAUGAGUAUUUUGAAGAAACUGGAGUUAAAAUGGGUCUAAAUGAGGCAAAGGUAGAUGUAAAUAAUACUAGGACUGCUCCUCCAGAAGAAAUGAAAUACAUUGAAGUGGCUUUGAAGCUCCAUAUUUGUACAGUUUGUGACAAAAAGUUUUCUAAUAAAUACAUGUUAGCCAGACAUCUGUUGACAAAGUUUCAUCAGAAUCGUUCUUUAGCAAAUAAAGAAUAUCACAAUGAGCUGAUUCAGAAAUACCACAAGUGUAUUGUUCGUCUUAGUCCAUUUCAGUGUGGUAUUUGCCGAUUCUAUUUCAACAGUAAUGAAGACUUUGUGCAGCAUUUAAAAGGUGAAGAUCACAAGGAAAACUGCGAAGACCUUGUCGGCGAGAUACAAUGCACACUUUGUCGAUUUAAAACUCAUUCUAGAGAGGAGGUUGAUCAGCAUAUUGAAUCUGCUGAUCAUGUUGAAAAAAUUGGAAAACGUAACAGAAUUUGUAUCAUCAAAGAGUGUCAUGCAGGUUGUGUUUGCAAAUUUUGUGGACUGAAAAUGCAUUCUUUUGAGCGUUUGCAGCGGCAUAUCAAAUUGAAACAUGCAGAUGGAAAAGUUGUAUCAGGAGUGCAGAAGAAAGUAAUUGGGGUGAGAAACAGACCAAAGUGCCCAGAGUGCAAUCUCCAGUUAGCAUCAUUCAGUGCUCUGACAGUUCACAUGCGAAGGAGACACACAAAAGAAAAACCUUACCAGUGUGAAGUUUGUUCAAAAGCAUUUGCUGACAAACAUGCUCACAAGUUGCAUCUGAAAUCUACUCUGCAUAGUCGUAGGAAAUUGACACUGGAUUCAAAUGAAAAUGAUGCAACAGACACGGAUGAAAUAGCAGAUGAAAAGGAAAGACAUGAAACAGAGGAUAAGGAACUAGAUCAAAAAUCUGAAAGCAAAGAAUUAGAAAAAGAAGCUUUAACAGGUGAAGCUGAAAAUACAAAAUCUUCACAAGUGCAGAUGGAUGAUAUAGCUGAUGUGAAUGAGGAUGAAACUGUUGAAAGUGGCCUUCUCUUUAGAAAUGACCUUGGUAUCCAUGAUGAAAAGGACAAAGAUUGGGUGCCAAAGAUAACAGGAAUAAAGAAAAGAACAGGAAGGUCAAAGAGCAAAGGGGAAUCAUGCGGAUAUUCACAAAAAGAUAAAAAGAGUAUAAAAUGUAAUCAUUGUUCAUUUACUGUGAAAGAUUAUGAUGAUUUGAGACCACAUUACAUGAAGGAACAUUCUGCUCAGAUAAGAAUUUGUGAACUGUGCGAUACAGUGUUCUUGUCAGAGAAGGCGUUAAAGUUACAUGUGUUAAGCAAGGAACAUCAGGCUAAUAUUGAACUGUCAAGUGAAACUAACAGAAGUACGGAGAUGUACUUUCAGUGCCAUGUUUGCAAGAAAAAAUUCACUGAUGAGAAAUACUGUAAAUUUCAUACAGCUUACCAACAUUUUCACAGCACAACUGAGCAAGAAGUUUAUAAACAGAGUGGUUAUAAAAGUGUUACGCGAGAUAAAUUUGCAGAUUUUCUAAAAUCGGUUGAAAAUAUUGGGUAUAAAGAGCCAAUACAAUGUCCUGAGUGUGAUACUGUAAUUAAAAAAAGUAACUUAAUGGUUCAUUUAAGAAAUCAUACAAACGAGAGGCCUUUCCUCUGUAAGAUUUGCCCAAACACAUUUAAAUCAAAUUACACUCUACGUAAACAUUUACUGAAACAUUUUGGAUGCUUAGAACGGGAUUGCGAUAUCUGUGGAAAGCACUUUAACAAACCAUCAAAUUAUGAAGAACAUCUUGAACUCCAUGCUUUGCAGAAAGCCAACAAAGAAAAGACACAUGUGUGUGAUGUUUGUGGUCAGGCGUUCUAUGUAGAAAGGCAGUUGGCUGUUCAUUUACGUAGACACAGGAGUAAAGAUUUGAAAUGUGACCAUCCUGGUUGCCAUUGGACAUUUGCGUUUCGGCACGAGUUGAAUGCACACAAACGCACUCAUUCAAAUGAGAGAAAAUAUUUAUGUGACACGUGCGGCUUUGCAGCAUAUGAAAAGUAUCAUCUGAGGAGGCAUGAAAAGAUUCAUAAAAAUGAAAGAAAAUUCCAUUGUGAAUACUGCACUUACAAAGCCGGCAAUAAAACUCAUUUGCGACGACACAUGAGGAUCCACAUAGGUUCAAAACCGUUUAAAUGUCCUUACUGUAAUUUUGCUUGUAACACUCAUGAAAAUAUUAGGAAACAUAUUUUAGAAACAAAGAAACAUGAAGGUUUAAAGGUGUAUCCCUGUAAAUUCUGCGAGUUUGGAACAAACAAUAGUAAAGAAUUUCGUGGACAUCUAAUGUCUAAUCAUGCAAAGGAGUCGGACGACGGAGCUAGACAGAUGCCUCUGUCCGUUUUUACCGGACUUUUCCAGAAGGAGGAAGAUAUCGACAGACCUCCUGAAGGAACAAAAGUCCUUCCUUGUAAGGAAAGAAAGAUAAAGAAGAAGGACGAAAGUGAAAAAAAUGGUGAAAAUCAGUUUGACAGCAGUAGUGACUGGACAGACAGUAAACAGUCUGAAGCUUCAAAGAAAAACAAAAGGAAAAGAAAAAGCGAUACUUUCCAAUAUGUGAUUGAAAAUCAGGAUGCAUAUGAUUUGUCAAUGAAGGACAGAAGGAUGUCUUAUCCAGCAGAAAUGAUGAAGAAUGACUACAGUCAAGUGUCUCAGUCAUAUCCAACUGGUUUAGUUGUUCGGAGAGAAACUCCUUCCCCUCCAUAUGCCCAUGAUCAUGUAGAGCCUUACCGAAGAUUUCAAGAGCAUGAAAAUGCACAGGUGGGAGUAAAUGCACACAUUGGAGUAAAUGCUGCUCUUGAUCUAGGUAUAAGGCAUGUUCAGCAUGGUUCCCAUCAAGUUCAGAAUCCAGGAACCAGCCUAGCAGGACCGUAUGGUGAGCAAGGUUUUAUGAAAGUUAAUCAAGAGGAAAUGAUGCAGUACCAUGAUUAUUCUACCAAGUUUGGUGUGUCAAGGAACAGAGAGGAUUCCGAGGAAACUGGAAACCUUAUAAUUGACAUGAACUUUCAACCUCACCACUGAGUGAGUCCAGUUCUGCUAACUUCUAAAGAAUAGCUGCCAUAUUCUAGAUAAAGCAUUUAUUUGAACAGUCAUUGAACCUAAUCAAAGAUAUUAAAAAGGGUAGUAACAAAAACCAUUUUCUAAAGCAUGUUGAAAAACUUUCAGUGAUUUGUUGAAAAAUACCUACUUUUGUUGCUAACAUUCUUACACAAACGUUUAUAUACAUACUAUGCUUAUGAACUCUGUGGUACUAUUAAUACACACUAUUCGGUUAACACACGCACACACACAGGAUUGAUAUGUAGAAGUGACAGUAACAGGACCAGAUCUUUUUUUGAUACAAUGUAGGUAUUUGAUAGAUUUAGCUCACCUGUCACAUACUGUAAGUGUAUUAAUAUUGGCAGUGGCUACGAUUACGGUACCGUAAUCCUAGCCUCUGGUUCUAGGAUUACGGAAGUUCCGUAUUCCUAGACAACCCUAUGAGGAUAGGCUAGGAUUACGGAAGUAUUUAAGAGGCAUCAAAUAUAUGUUAGGACAUGCAUAGCUGACAUUGUAAAAUUACUUAUUUCACUAUUAUUUCGUGCUAUCGAUCCGCUGUUGUGGGUUAGUAUAAUCUUAAUGGUGGCGCGCGGAAAUAUUAUAGAAUUAUCUAUGUUUCAUAUAUACCUGCAAUUUUUGUCAUCAAAUCAACACAAAUGGUCUUUAAUAACAUACAAUAUGGUUAUAAAUAAAAAAAAUAAAGUAUAGAAUAUUUUUAAACCUAACCUUUACCCUCAUAUUCCUAUAAUAUUUCCGCGGGCCGCCAUUAAUAUAGCGUUUAUAUACUAACCCAAAAUGGCGGAUAGAUAACACGAAAUAAUAAGGUGGCAUCAAAAAUCACUAUUUUAAUAAAGUGAAAUAAGAAUUUUACAACAUCAUUUAUGCAUGUCCUAACAUAUUUUUGUUGUCUCUUAAAUACUUCCGUAAUCCUAGCCUAUCCUCAUAGGGUUGUCUAGGAAUAUGGAACUUCCGUAAUCCUAGCUUCCGGUUCUAGGUACCGUAAUCCUAGCCACUGCCAGUACCGUAAUCCAAGCCUCCUGUUCUAGGAUUACGGAAGUUCCGUAUUCCUAGACAACCCUACGAGGAUAGGCUAGGAUUACGGAAAUAAGUAAGGACAUGCAUAAAUGAUUUUUUAAACUUACAUAUUUCACUGAAAAUAUUAAAUUAAAAAAAAAAUAAAAUAUUCUACUUAAAAUUUUAUAAAAUUAGUUUGUUUGUCACUCGAGUUUUCCACGAAAAAAAGGCGAAAUCAACUCCCUUAUUUAUAAGUUUUUCUUUCCAAAACCAUACUAAAUGUUUUUUUUGUUGUUUUAUUUUUUAAAUUGACAGACAAACGUGGAUUAUAUUCUUAAUGAUAGCUCAAAAGGAUUUUUUAAAAAUAUUUCAUACUUUAAAUUUUAUGAUUUGAUUUUGCCUGUCACUUUAGAUUUCCGCGCAAAUAGAACCGGGCGAAAUCAACACCCGUAUGUACGACAGGCAUGAAAAAUCGCUGUUUAAAGUGAAAUAAGUAAGUUUACAACAUCAUUUAUGCAUGUUCUAACAUAUACUUGAUGCCUGUUACAUACUUCCGUAAUCCUAGCCUAUCCUUAUAGGAUUGUCUAGGAAUACGGAACUUCCGUAAUCCUAGAAUCGGAGGCUAGGAUUACGGUACCGUAAUCGUAGCCACUGCCUUUUUUAUUUACCAUUCUUGUUUUUCUUGGAAAUGGUAAACAUGUUUUAAAUAUCCAUAACCGGGGCACACAUAACAACAACACUACUAAAAGCGUGAUUUGAAGGUUUUUGAGCAUCUUAUUUUUAUUUUUAGUUAUUACAAACGUUACAUUACACAUAAUUUUGCAUAUAACUUAAAAAUUUGAUAAACAGGAACACAAUUGUUUUAAGAAUAACAACUUUACAUUCGAAUUAUUUUGAGUACGAACAAACAGUGUACCGAUGAGUACGAAGCUAGUGACUAGCUUUCGAGGUUUAUUAUAUGAAUUCUGCGAACAAUCAGGUAAAAACAAACCAACUGAUACUAACAAAAAUCAUUAAUAUAAUACCUAAAAACGGGCAAUAGCACAAGUUACACGCGAUACUUAUUUAUUCGCAGUUAUUUACAAUAACUGAACAGACGCUUUGUAAAGGGAGUAAACUCUAAGAGAAGCUAGUGCGUACAUUGAUGGGGGCAGUACGUUUGGGGUUGGAAACUGAUACAGCUAAACAUACUAUGGAUUACAUUGUAUCUAUAAUGCUACAAGAAGAGGUUAUUAUGGAAGAAACAAGAUGCAGAUGCCAAAUAUCAGUCUGCGCAGAAAUACACAUACGUCCCUGGCAAAGCAUUUCAAAAAUAAAAAUCAUGUAUUAACAGCACGUGAAUUGCCUUGUUUGCACACGAUUUUUCUCCCGUUUAUACAUGGGCGGAUCCAGUGAAAAAAGUAGUUUUUAUGCAAGAAUGUAGACCUAUGCAUGUUUAUUUGCAGGCCGUGUUGAUUUCAUUAUGAAUACCAGUCAGCAGCCAGCCAUUUAGUGUUGUCUACAUUCUGAUGGGCAGUAUAAGCCAGUUUGCGUGAAUAGGCUUUAUUCUUGAAUGUUUCGGGCUAUUCCGUAUUUCAUCUGAAAUUGGUGUUUCAGAUACCGCCAAUUGGUUAUUUUAGCGCUGCUGAUACUGCGCUAAUACAAGUACGCGCUAAUAAGUCGAAACUACUCAAUUUAAAGCGUUUGCGCUAAUAUAAGUACACUUACAGUAGUGACAAGGUGAGCUUUUGUGAUUGCCCUUCGUCCGUCUGCCAUCCAUUCACAAUUUCUUGUGAACACGAUAGAGACCAUAUUUUGUAAGCAAUUUUAAUUGAACUUGUACACAAUUUGUAUUGGCAUGAUAUCUCAGUUCCUUUCGAAAACUGCAAGAUCCCAUCAUGGUUUCCAGAGUUAUGGCUCCUUAAAUGGCCAAAAUUUGCUAUUUUGGCUUUGCAAUCAUAUAGAGACUUUAAUUUGAUACAAACUUGCAAAGUAUCUUUAACAACAAUAGAUGUUAGAUUCCAUGAUGAAUCCGUCAGAUCCAAUCAUAAGUUUCAGAGUUGUGGCCCCUGACUGAACCCUGAAAGAGUCAAAAUUUGUUAAUUUAUACCUUGUGAACACAAUAGAAAUGACAUUUUACAUUUGAUUUUAACCACACUUACACACAGCUUAAGUCACAUAGAUUCCAUCAUGGGUUCUAGAGUUACUGCCCAUGAGUUCAGCCAUAAAGAGGUUUCAUUUAUGCUUUGAUUUGAUACAGGCUUGCACAGAAUGUUUAUCUUGAUGAUCUUUAGGCCAAGUUAGAAGCUGGGUCAUGUGGGGUCAAAAACUAGGCCACCAGGUCAAAUCAAAGGAAAGGCUUGUUAACACCCGAGGCCACAUUUAUGACCCUAUCUUCAUGAAACUGUCAGAAUGUUUAUCUUGAUGAUUUCUAUGCCAGGUUCAAAACUGGGUCAUAUGGGGUCAAAAAGAAGGUCCUCACUCAAAUCAAAGGAAAAGCUUGUUAACACUGUAGAGGCCACUUUUAUGACCCCAUCUUCAUGAAACUUGGUCAGAAUGUUUAUCUUGAUGAUUCCAAGGCCAAGUUUAACAGGUGAGUGAUAUAGGAUUAUCAUGACCCUCUUGUUUUUGAGUCGGCUAAAGGCUGAAAGCCUUUUGACGAGUCCUUGCUAUCCAACGAUUCUCUAAAUGGACCGAAUAACAUGUGAAGGGAUGUAGUUCCAUUAGUUUUCUCAAAUUUCAAACAGUUCACUGCAUGAAUGAAGUUAAGUUGUGUCAAUUCCCUUUGCUAUGACCAAUAUACGAUGUAAUCUGUCAUAUUUAUGACUUGUAAUUGUGCAAUUCUCGAAUGUAACUCAUUAAGCAUAAAUGUGCAUUUUAAGAAUUGCGCAGGCUUACAAAGCUUGGGUAACAUCCAGCGAAAGACAAAAAAAUAGUUCCAGCAGGGCUCCAGAUAAGAUGCGUAUUAGCGUAAAUUACGUAUAGAAAUAAUGCAAAUACGCAUGUCUAAUAAUUUCUAAGCGUAUAAAAACGUAUAUAAAAUUACAGAAACGCACACAAUGCUUUCUUAAAAACAAAAUCUGAAUCGUCUGGAUGAGUUAGGUAACAUAGCCGAUCAGCCUUAAUUCUCCCACAUUGAACGUAAACACGCAUCGUAUGAUUUCUAUAAACUUUGCGUGGGUUGAAUUUUGCAGUCAGUAAACGGAUAAAUUAUCGGAAGAAGAAGCUCUUACUGGUUUGUUUAGUUACUAUUGAUAUUAACAAUGAUUUUAAUUCUUAUUUUUCGAGAAAUAAACAAAUCGGCAAAACAUUAAAUUGUAUUUUCUUGUAGUUUUGAAAUCGAAAGUAGAUCGUCUAUGUUUGGCGAAACGAAACAACUUUUUUAUGAAAAGAUUUAAAUAAGAGGUAAUUUAACCGUAAACUUCAAUGUCAGAUACUGCCAAUUGCUGCUAAAUGUCUUCGUAUCAUCACAAUUUGUAAAAUAUAUUGUUCAAACUGGAGAAAAGUGUAAUCGUAUCCGGAUAUAAUAUUUUGGGUAAAUAUCGAGCUGUGUUAUGAAAUUUUAAGAAAAAAACUAAAAACAAACUGAAACUGGUAGACUAUACUGUCAGUACAUCAAUCAUUAGCCGACUCAGGCCAUUCAGGCCUUUGAUUAUAUAUACUGGUAGUUAUUAAGUCUUUCACAAAGUAACUUCUAUUAUUUUAGCAUCUGUAUCCCUACAUCUUUACUUUGUAAUGUUGAAGCUUCUACUUCCACAUACUGUUCGCAAUUUUUUAUAUUAUUUUUAGAGCCAAAUCUACUGAAGAAAACGUUAGAUAUGAAUUGUUAAAAAUAAAAUGCAAAUGUAUGAAAUAUGCCAUAAAAGUAAUAAAUAUAUGCAUUGUUUACAACAUAAUAUAUAUUUAACAAGAUAUAUGUUGCAACUUUUGUAGAAAGCCUCUUCAGCAUUUUUCUUAACAUUUUGUUUUUAUAUAUUUGGAAGAAGAAAGUCUUUGAAGAAUAAAAUUUCAAAUUGAAAAUUCACUUGAGGCAAAGUAUAAAAUAUACCCAAAAAGCAUGAUCAUUUCCAUCACAUGUACAGAUAUUUAGCCUUUACCCUGCUAAAUUUCUAUAAUGAACUUGUUCAUCUUCAAGUUUGGACAGUACCAUUAACUGUUAAACAGGGGUGCUUACCAAAAGAUACUUACUGAAUGGUGAGCAGUGCAGAUCUUGAUCAGACUGCAUGGAUGUGCAGGCUGAUCAAAAUCUACACUGGUCACAUAGGCAGAAUCAAUCGUGUCCAGCAUGGUAAGGGUUAAUGGGCGAUAUCAUUUUAUGAGUUAAUAAAAAUGUUGCUGUUUCAGAGACUCAGAUUUCUUAUGGUGUUUGCUCUUCAUGCUUGUAAUUUUGUAAUUUUGCCAUUUUGAUUAGAAGCUUGUAUUAAUAUUAAAAGAGAUGCUUGUAUCAAAAACACUUUUUUAUGUGUACUUAAUUAAUAGGUUUUGUUUUGUUGUUAUUUGUUGUAUGAAAAUCCAGAUGGUAUAUGCUUACAAUUAAAAGCAAUUUUAAGAUGUUCAUGAUUAUGUUGGUGCUUUAAACUGUUAGUGGUUAUUGAGUGUAAAUAGAUGGAAAAAUUCUGAUGUAUAUUGUAAUUGUUUUGUUUCCUUCUACACCACCGUUUGGAUGUAUUCUUUGCUCACAUUAUGCUCUUCUUCUUUCCUCACAUUAUGCUCUAGAAGAGCUGUUGUGGUUGUCCUGUGUAUGCCAUCAUGUGUCAGCAUUGUGGUGUGGCAUUAAAAUAUUGUUCAUACUAAUCAUUCAUACAGAGGUCUUUUUAUCCAGUCUUAAUUAAAUCUGGUCAGAAUUAUUCCCUUUGACAAGUAUCUGGGAUUAGAUACUAGAUCACUAUGUCAAAUCAUAGAACACGCCAGAGUCCAUAUUUUCAACUUGAUAUACAUGAAACUUGGCUAAAGUGUUUGUCUUGAUGAAAUCUAGGUUAAAUUUGAAACUAGGUUAUCUGUGAUCACAAAAAUAUGUCGCUAGGGAACCCUUGAUUACUUAAAUGAAACCUGGUCAUGAUGUUUGUCUUUAAGAAACCUUCGUUAAGAUUGAAAAUGGGUGUGUUUAUGCUUAAGACUACAUCAGACUGCCUUAUCAUAGAAAAACUUUAUAGCUCACAUGAGCACAAAGUGCUCAUGGUGAGGUAUUGUGAUGGCGCUGUGUCCGUCGUCAGUGCGUGUGUCAAGUCGUCCGUCAUCAACAUUUGUGUUUAAACGACAUCUCCUCCAAAACCACUGAAUGGAUUUUGAUGAAACUUGGCCAUGAUGUUUCUUGGGUGGUCCUCUACCAAAGUUGUUCAAACGGUUCCGCUUGGUUGCACAUAGGGGCCGCCAGAGCUAAAAAUAGAAAAAACUUCAAAUGACAUCUCCUAAACCGAUGGUCCAAUUUUGAAAUAAUUUCACACAGAUGGUCCUUAUGUCACCCUCUACCAAGAUUGUUCAAAUUAUAUGGAUUCGUCGAAAAACAUGGCCACUAGAGGGCGUGGUCACUUUUCCCUAUAUGUAUAUAGUGGAAACUUAAAAAAUCUUCUUGUAUGAAACUGCUUGCCCGAUUUUAGAAUAAUUUUACACAAAUGGUCCAUGUGUGACCCUCUACCAAGAUUGUUGAAAUUAUUUGGAUUCAUCAAAAAACAUGGUCGCCAGAGGGCGUGGUCACUUCGCUAUAUGUAUACAGUGGAAACUUUAAAAAUCUUGUGUGAAACUGUUUGCCCGAUUUUAGAAUAAUUUUUCUCAAAUGGUCCUUGUGUGACCCUCUACCAAGAUUGUUCAAAUUAUUUUGAUUCGUCAAAAAAAAAAUCAUGGCAGCCAGAGGGCGUGGUCACUUUUCCCUCUAUGUAUAUAGUGUAAACUUUAAAAGUCUUUUUCUUUUUUUGUGAAACUGCUUGCCCGAUUAUAAAAUAAUUUUGCACAAAUAGUCGUUGUGUGACCCUUUACCAAGAUUGUUCAAAUUAUUCCGAUUUGUCAAAAAACAUGGCUGCCAGGGGGCAUGGUCACUUUUCUUCUCUGAAUCAAUAAUAGCUAGAGCCUUGAUAUUAGGCGUGUGAUAUCAGAUUUGUAAUGUCUACCAUAAUUGUUCAAAUUAUUGCCCUAGGUUCAAAAGUGUGUGUGACAUAUAUAUGAUAUAGGCUAACAUAGAAGAAACCUAACUCUGUACAUAUACAAACACACUUGAAGCCUUGUACACAGGUGAGCACUUUAGGCUCAAUGACCCUCUUGUUAAUGCUGUAAAGGUCACACUUUCUGCUUGUUCAUUGUCAAACUGUUUGUCAAAAUGAAAUCUAGGUCAAGUUUGAAACUGUGUCAAAACUGAGGUAAUUUUGUAAAAUCAUAGAAAACCUUACUAACACCAAAGGCCACAUUUUGUACUUGUUUACAUAAAACUUGGUAAAAAAAACCUGUAUUUGUCUAGAUGAAAUUGAGAUUAAGUUUGUAGCUAGACCAUACAAGCUCAGAAAUACCCGGUAACAUUGUGAAAUCAUAGAAAACCCUUGUUUACACAUUAGAUGCCACAUGUUCUUCUGGUCUACUGAAACUUUGUCAAAUUAGUUGGAAGAAGUCUAGGUCAAAUUUACAAAUUGAUCAAAGGGGUCAAACUCUCUGUGUCAAACUUUAGAAAUAAAACAAUCUAGAUGCCACAUUUUCUAACUGAUCUUCAUCACUUAUGAUUAGAAUGAUUGCCUUGGCACAGUUAAGUUCAAGUUUGUAGUUAAAACUGUGUCAGAUUGGAUCAAAACAAUACAUUUUUGCCUGGUCUAAAGGAAAUCGAGUUAGAAUGUUUGUCUCUGUAAUGUCUUUUUUUUCAAGUUCCAAAUUUGUUUUCAAGUGAGCGAUACAUGGCUUUGAUGGCCUUCUUGUUAAAUGUCCAUUUGCAUUGUUCUAUUAAAAACAUAAUAAUAAACUGUUUAUUAAUCAUUUGUGCAGAAUGUGCAAAAUUUUAAUAAAAUUGAUUUUGGAGGUGCUUAAAAUUGUUAAGUUUUGAUCAAAAAACUAUACGGACAGCUUACCUACU